AUGUCUUGUGCCUGGGAGAGAAGGUCCAAGCACUGCUCAGAACUCGGGGAAGUAGCUGCUUACGUCCCCGACCUCAUUUUAUCUGAGGACUUGAGGCACGAAGCCCGUUGCGUUCAGAAUUUUCAUGGAGUACUGCUCUUUGCAGACGUCUCAGGUUUCACUGCUCUGACAGAGAAGUUUAGCCAGAGCGUCAGCCUCGAGCGGGGUGCGGACGAGCUAACGCAAACGCUCAACGACUACAUGGGCGACAUUGUGGAGGAGCUGCUGGGCUUUGGAGGAGACAUCUUGAAGUUUGCAGGGGAUGCUGUACUGGUGCUGUGGAGAGUGAGGGAAACACAGCUGAGAGACACCAUCAGCCUGGUGCUGCAGUGCUGCCGGCAAAUCCAGGAGAAGUACAGCGUCCGUGACACAGACGUGGGUCUGAAGCUCCGACUGAAGAUAGGGAUCUCUGCAGGGCACAUGUCGCUGCUGACUGUGGGAGACCGCAAGGAGCAGCACUUCCUGAUCCUUGGCAAGGCCGUAGGUGAAGUCUGGCAGGCGCAAAACCUUGCAAGUGCAAGUGAUGUUAUCCUGUCAGCCAGCUCCUGGGAGCUCUGUAACCAGAGCCAGGUGAAGAGCAAGAGAGUGAAAGGCCAAGGAGCUGUGAAGGUUACAGGAGUGCAGCGGAUGUCUGUGUUGGAGCGCGAAGACCUUUUCUCCAAGUUCACGCGAGCCCAGCUGAACUGCCGUUCUCCUGAAAUGCCAGGCGUCCUGAGGCCUGCGGUUACCUUGGCCCCUCAUCGUGCUCAGGGGAAGGUGCUGAGGAAGUACAUCCCAGCCAGUGUCCUGCGCAAGAUUGACGACAGACAGCCCCUGGCGUGCCUAUCCGAGCUGCGGCCGGUCACCUGCCUCUUUGUGAAGCUGCAGUUUGCUGCCAAGGUCAACCUAAUGCAAAUCUGCAAGGCUAUCCAGGACAGCAGCGUGCUGAUUUCGGAGAUCCUCCGUCCUCACAAGGGCGAAAUCAACAAAAUCUCCAUGUUUGAUAAGGGCUGCACGCUGCUGUGUGUGUUUGGCCUCCCUGGAGGAAAGCUGCCCUGCGAGAGCGUUUGCGCCCUGGAAAGCGCGAUUAAAAUCUCCACCGCCUGCUCCAGGAGGCUGGGGAAAAUCGAGGCAGUGUCCGUGGGGGUCACCAGCGGGACGGCGUUCUGCGGAGUCGUCGGCCACCGCGUCAGGCACGAGUACACAGUCAUGGGCCAGAAGGUGAACCUGGCUGCCUGGCUGAUGGAGCACUACCCGGGGCUGGUGUCCUGCGAUGCGGCGACCUACGCAGCGUCCCGGCUGCCCCGGUCUUACUUCAAGGAGCUGCCGAAGGCCCAGAUGAAGGGGGUUGGCGAUCCUGGCACUGUCUAUCAGUACCUGGGGAUGUCGCAGAAGCUCAUAUUUGGCCUGGAUCUUAUGGAGGAGAGGUCAGAGUACGGCCCCUUGCUCGGUCGCGAGGAGGAGAUUGCCCUCUUUGAAAGUGCCUUGAAAGCCUACGGGACUUGUCGCGAAAGCAGCAUCCUAGCGUUUGAGGGUGUGCUUGGCUCUGGAAAGAGCCAUUUACUCACUGAGCUGGCAUCUUUAGGCCAGGCUGCUGGCCACAGGGUAGUGGCUGUGGAACUGACAGAGCUAGACCUGAAGCAGGUCUACUCUGCCCUCCGUAUGGUGCUGGCCAUGGCCCUGGGCCUGCAGGCAUGUCAAUCGUGCAGUGCCAGACAGCUUGUGCUGCAGACAAAGCUCCAAGGGCUGAUGGCAGAGAGCAGCUACUGCCUCCUCAACGACGUCUUCCUCGUUAAGUUUCCCCUCUCGAUGGCAGUUUCCCAGAUGAGUGGCACUCAAAGGCAAAUGGAGCUGGAGUUGGUUUUGAAGAAAGUGCUCCAGAAGACUGUUGAAGAAGAUGGCGUUGUAUUUGUCAUCGACAACACCCACUGCAUCGACUCUCCCUCCUGGAGUCUUAUGCGGAGCGUGCUCAGGGAUGUCUCGAUCUUCAUGGUGAUGAGCUUCACUGCCAGUCACUGCAGAAGACAGAGGCUUUGCCAAGCUGCCGUAGACAUCCUGAAGUUGCAGAAAACCAGUUGUGUUCGUCUGGGAGAGCUGAAGCCUUCCGCUGUAGUGCAGAAAGCUUGCCAGGCGCUUGGAGUUGUCAGCCUGCCCCAGGAUCUAGAGACGUUGCUGACGCAAAGAACCUACGGCAUCCCCUAUUACUGUGAGGAACUGCUGCGCUACCUUCUUGGCCACGACAUGCUCUUGUUCCACCCACUGGGGAAGGAUGAGAAACGAGAGGACAAGUGGGAGAGCCUCUUCACUUCUGUGACGGAGGCUUCAACCACCGCAGCAGCACGGAGCUCCAGCGCGGGGAAGGACCGCAGGGUGUGCACCAUGAGAGCGGAUGUGACCCUGCAGAACACUGUACUCCCCCCUACAUUGAAAGGGAUUGCGCUGGCUCAGCUGGACAGCAUGAAGCCCUCGGAGCAGAUGGUUCUGAAGUGUGCAGCCAUCCUAGGGCCGCUGUUUAGCACGGAGCUGCUGUUCCACAUCCUUCCCGGGUGGAGCAGGGCCAAGCUGAACAAGGCGCUGAAUGCCCUGGUGAGAUGCAACAUCCUCAAGUGGCUGAAUGCUGCCAAGGGGGCAGAAGAGAGCAGUGUUCCCACCGAGGGGUCAGGCACCUCUCUGGAGGAGGAGAGCGAUGCGCAGAAGUCAUCCGUGGAGGAGAGCAAGGAGAGGGCGAGGCUGGAGUCUGGCGUGCUGGCCUUUUGCGCCCCGCUGCUGCAGGAGGCUGCGUACGAGCUGUGGCCGAAGGGACAGAGGGUGGCCCUGCACCACAAGUGUGCAGCCUUCCUGGAGAGGCACGUGCACAAGUGCCAGUGCUGCGGGGGAGGCGACUUUGUUGCCUUCCACCGCUUGGCCCUCGGCAGCACGCAGGAGGCCGAGAGCUGUGAGGAGCAUGGCAGCGACUGCUACUGGCACAACUGGGAGGCCUCCCUGGUGACCAGCGAGGAGAUGAAGUCGGACGAGCUCCCCGCCUCUACGGAUGCUUCAAGUGGUGUACCAAAAGAGAAGAGCUGCUUGGAGGAGAUUUUUCGAGCGGCAAAGCAGUUUCUGGCUAAGACCGAAUGGAUGCCCAAGGUGCCCAGCAAGACCCACUGGACGCAGGGUGUGGAGUGUUCCUGCAGCUGCAAGGCCAUUGUGGACUUGGUGCUUGUGCCCUUGGCUCAGCACUACAUGGCAGUGGGCAAUGACGCCAGAGCCUUUUAUUAUCUGCUGGAGGGUGCGGCUGCCUACUUGCACGUCUCCGACAACUACCUGGCCUUCCGGAACCUGAAGAAGGCAGAAGUGCUGAGGACCUUGGUGGCUAAGAAGGGAAACGCGCUUGCUUGCUUUGAAGAAGCCACUUUGCUGAGCCUUAAAGGAGAGGUCUGCUACCAUAUGGGACAAACGGAGCUGGCGAAGACAAUGAUCAGGAAGGCAUUGAGCCUGCUGAAGAGGAAAUUCCCCACGACCUCCACUGGCGCCGCCUUGCAGCUUGUGCUGGAAAAGUCAGAGCAUGCCUCCCACAAGAAGAACAGAGACUCCUCCGUUCCUCAGGAGGCAGGGAGGCAGAGGCUCCCCUGGCUGUUCCGGCAAAGCCACUGCCUGUCCUUACUGCGGCAGCUCUUCAGCCUGGAGAGCGCCUCCGGCAGUCGGAGGCUCUCCCGCCUGGCAGCACUCAUGAAGGUGAACACGGCCGAGGAGUCCAAGGAUGCGAGUCACGUCCUCUUGUCCUACCUGGAAUAUGCGCUGUGCUGCCAGAACCUGGGCUGCUGGGAAGAGUGGCUGCAAUACGGGCGGGCGGCCGUGCAGCUUAGCGCUGAGGUGCAGCUCUUUGGAGGAGGGGUAUUAAACACGGCCAGCUUUGCCCAGGCCCUGUCCCAUCUGACCCUCAGCCUGGGAAAUCUGCCUCUGUCCGUCGACGUAGGCUAUCGUGCUGAGAGGCUCUGCAUGGAGCUGCAGAAGCCUGACCUGGGCUGCGUGGUUCUCAGGACCCUCUUCACGGCACUGUUUCUGCAGAUGAGGUACCCGGAAUGUGAGGCAGUGCUGCGCAGGCUAGAGAAGCAGGUGUCUGGAGCAGAUGAGAUCGUUGGGCAGGCAUGCUUCUUCUGCUGCUGCUUAGACCUCUUGCUUGAAGCUGGGUGGCAGUAUAAGUCCUUUGAAGAGUGCAGGAGGUUCGUGGAGCAGAACGAAGCCAACUGCCUUCUCCAGGCGCAGAGCAGCAUCCUGCUUGGACUGUAUACGUCCCUGGCUCUUUGGAGCAGCUACAACACGCUGCAGUUCAGCCCCCCAGCCCCCCAGUACACCCCCAGUAGCUUCCUUGUCCUAGAGGAUGCAUUGCCUCUGGAAGCCAGGUUUGCAAGGCUUGGGCAGUGGGACAACUUCCAGAAGCCCUUUGAAAAGGCCAAGAGGCUGCUGAAGAGCACUGGCGCCUGCCUUGUGGCCAGCCAAGCGUGCAGCUGGCUCCUGGAGUGCCAUAGCCUGGUGCUGAAAAAGGACAUUGAGCACGGCUCGUGGAGGGCCCGUGAGAGCUGCCGCAGGGCUCUAAGGCUUGCCGAAGAGGUUUUCUCUCGGUGCUCCACAAGCCCCGUCUUCUACCCCAGAGUCUACCACCUGAAAGCCUACAUUUUCCUGAUGCUGGGGAAUGAAGAGCAGAGCCUGCUGUGCCUCAACCAGGGCCUCCAAGCCUGUGAAGACUAUGGCAACCUGCUGGAGAAGACUUGGCUGGAGAUGAGCACUGAGUGCUGGUUCACUGGAAAAGGCCGCCUGGGAGAUUUGUGGCUGAAGACAGCCCCACAUUUUCCACACCUGAACCAAGCAAAGCCAGAGGUCUGUAGCUCCAGAAAUGUGGUCAGAGAGAACAUGACAUUGUUCCAGGACAUUCUCUUCAUCAAAGCGAAGCUGAACAGUCUGUAG